UAGACCUAAACGGCUAAACCUUGGCGGUCUGCAUCUCUCUCAAAGGUAAGGGGAUUCGAUAUGCUUAGUAUCUUCACAGACAUAAUCAUAACAAUCUCCUCACUAACGUUGUUUCUGUAAAACUUUCAAAAACCCUAGUUAGAUUUCUUCUGAACUUGAAAUUUGGAUUUUAUUGAAUUGUAUUGUUAAUAAUGGGGGAUUUUGAAAGAGAGAAGAUUAGGAAUAUUUGUAUUCUAGCUCAUGUUGAUCAUGGUAAAACUACUUUAGCUGACCAUCUAAUUGCCGCUUCUGUUGGUAAUUUUCUCCACCCAAAACAAGCUGGUAAAAUGAGAUAUAUGGAUUAUCUAGAUGAAGAACAAAGAAGAGCUAUUACCAUGAAGAGUUCUUCAAUUGCAUUACAAUAUAAAGACCAUUCCAUUAAUCUAAUAGAUUCUCCAGGACAUAUGGAUUUUUGUAGUGAGGUUUCUACUGCUGCUAGAUUAAGUGAUGGUGCAUUGGUGUUAGUUGAUGCUGUUGAAGGUGUUCAUAUACAAACACACGCUGUUUUACGGCAAGCGUGGAUUGAGAAACUUACUCCGUGUUUGGUUUUAAAUAAGAUUGAUAGGUUGAUUACGGAGCUGAAAAUGACUCCAAUGGAAGCGUAUACUAGAUUACAGAGGAUAGUUCACGAGGUUAAUGGAAUUAUGAGUGCAUAUCAGUCCGAGAAGUAUUUGUCGGAUGUUGAUUCACUAAUUGCAGGGUCUGUGAACGAGACGGGUGAUGAGAAUUUUGAGUUUAUGGAGGAUGAUGAAGAAGAUACUUUUCAACCUCAGAAGGGAAAUGUUGCGUUUGUUUGUGCGUUAGAUGGUUGGGGUUUCUGUAUUAAAGAGUUUGCUGAAUUCUAUGCAUCUAAGCUUGGGGCUAGUGUAGGUGCUUUGCAGAAGGCUUUAUGGGGGCCUCGUUAUUUUAAUCCGAAAACAAAGAUGAUUCUGGGAAAGAAGGCAAUUGGUUCAGGAAGUAAAGCAAAGCCAAUGUUCGUGCAGUUUGUGCUAGAGCCACUUUGGCAGGUUUAUCAGGCAGCAUAUGAACCUGAUGGAGAUAAAGCAGUGCUUGGAAAAGUUAUUAAGACAUUUCAUUUGUCUGUUCCUCCUCGUGAAUUAGAGAAUAAGGAUAAUAAAAUUGUGGCUCAAGCUAUUAUGAGUCGCUGGCUUCCUUUGUCUGAUGCAAUCUUGUCGAUGGUAAUUAGGUGUAUGCCUGAUCCUGUUGCAGCACAGUCUGUUCGAAUCACAAGGUUGCUUCCUAAGCGAGUGGUUCUGAAUUAUGCGGCCAGGCCCGAUGUGCUUGAAGAAGCAGAGAAUGUAAAGAAAUCUGUUCAGGCAUGUGAUGCAAGUGCUGAAGCACCAUGUGUUGCUUUUGUGUCUAAGAUGUUUGCUGUUCCUAUGAAGGUGCUUCCACGUAAAGGUCCCAAUGGUGAAGCUGUCAAUAAUUACCCAGAUGAAGGCGGGGUCGGUGAAUCAGAUGAGUGCUUCCUUGCAUUUGCAAGGAUUUUUAGUGGGGUUCUUCAUGUAGGGCAGAAAAUUAAUGUGCUUUCAGCUCUCUAUGAUCCAUUUAAAGGGGAAGAAGCAAUGCAGAAACAUCUGCAGGAAGCUGAGAUGCAUUCCUUAUAUCUCAUGAUAGGGCAGGGUUUGGAACCGGUGGCCUUUGCCAGGGCAGGGAAUGUUGUCGCCAUACGAGGCCUUGGUCAUCACAUCUUAAAGAGUGCGACCCUUUGUUCAACUAGAAAUUGUUUGCCUUUUUCGAGUAUGGUUUUCCAAGUUGCUCCUACUCUAAGAGUUGCUAUUGAACCAACUUUUCCUACUGAUAUGGCUGCAGUUACAAAGGGAUUGCGUCUUCUUAACAGGGCAGACCCAUUUGUAGAGGUUAGUGUUUCUGCCACAGGAGAACAAGUGCUUGCAGCUGCAGGAGAGGUUCAUCUAGAAAGAUGCAUAAAGGAUUUGCAAGAGAGGUUUGCAAAGGUUAGUCUGAAUGUCUCAAAACCGCUUGUAUCAUAUAGAGAGACCAUUGAAGGGGAUGGGUCCAAUUUCCUAGAUAAUAUGAAGGUCUUGACUGGUGGCUUGGAUUGUGUUGAGAAGACAACCCCCAAUGGUCGAUGUGUUGUUCGAGUGCAGGUAGUAAAGCUUCCGCCAGCACUGACGAAGUUGCUAGAUGAAAAUUCUGAUCUACUUGGAGAAAUCCUAGAGGGCAAACCUGCGCAGAGAAACGACAAACUAUUGGCAGCACAUAGAGAAGAGAAUUCUGUUGAUGAUAAUCCAAUUGAAGCACUUAAAAAAUGGAUAACGGAUGCUAUAGAGGGUCACAUCGCGAGUGAAAAACUCGACAAGGAUAAAGCUGAUAAAUGUAGAAGUGUGUGGCUUCAGUUGCUGCAAAGAAUCUGGGCACUUGGACCUAGGUAUGUUGGUCCUAACAUUCUUCUUGUUCCGCACGCCAAAGAAGAGAGUGGCGACCAUUCGGUUCUUAUUCGAGGUUCUCCCCAUGUAUCUCAAAGGUUAGGAUUUAUAGAUGAGAAGACAAGUGAUGAAGAUGCGGCUUUUGAAAAAUCUAUAGAAAAAAGUAGUUCAUUGUUUAUGGAAGCAGAAAGUCUCAAGAGCAGUGUCUUAUCUGGGUUUCAGCUUGCUACUGGAGCUGGACCUCUGUGUGAUGAACCUAUGUGGGGCUUGGCAUUUAUAGUUGAAGCUAAUGUUAUUCCAGUGGAGAAUCAUUCCAAUGAAUCUGAUGUUUCUACUCAACUAGCAGAUCAAUAUGGCAUCUUUACUGGGCAGAUAAUGACAGUAGUGAAGGAAGCAUGUAGAACAGCUGUGCUUCAAAAGCAACCUCGAAUUGUGGAAGCCAUGUAUUUUUGUGAACUGAACACCCCAACUGAACAAUUGGGCUCCAUGUAUGGUGUUCUAAAUAAGAGACGUGCUCGAGUUCUGAAGGAGGAGAUGCAAGAAGGAUCUUCUUUGUUCACAGUGCACGCAUAUGUGCCAGUUACUGAAAGUGUAGGGUUUGCGAAGGAGCUUCGAGAAAAGACAUCAGGAGCUGCAAGUGCCUUACUUGUACUUAGUCAUUGGGAAGAGCUGUCUGAAGAUCCUUUCUUUGUACCUAAGACAGAAGAAGAACUUGAAGAGUUUGGAGAUGGUUCUAGCGUUCUGCAUAACACAGCAAGGAAGCUCAUUGAUGCGGUAAGGAGGCGGAAAGGUCUUCCAGUGGAAGAAAAAGUAGUGCAACAUGCCACCAAGCAGAGGACACUUUCUCGUAAAGUGUAAAAUGAUUGUUCUAGUUAUGUAUUACGACUUCUCUCAGAACUGAAAGUUUUCUUGUUUCAUCAGUUGGUAGGAAAACAAAAGGGGUUAUACAACUAUACAUACGUCACCGGAUAUUAUCUAACCUAGCCUGUAAUUGGGUACUCUAGGAACACAUAGUACUAGGCCCCAGAAGGUUAAUAUCUCUGUUUUUGUAGUUCAGAAUUGUAGGAGAGAUUUUUUUUUUGUUUUGUUUACCCCAGGGUUGAAUUUUGCAUCUUUAUAUGAUUAUUUUUGUAGUUCAGUGUUAUGAUGUGAUUAUUUUGUUUCCUAUUAAACCUUUCAGAGAGUAACAUGUGCAGAAUGUGAGCAUCGAGAAGUAAAUCGAUGGGAAGCUGAGCGGUUACAUUAGGAUAAGGAGCAAGACUCAAGGGAAUGCCCUCAGUUUAGAGGAUAAAAUCACUCUUAAAUAGAAAGGAGAGCUGUCUGAUUGAUAGGUUGGAGAUUGAUACCCGACAUCAACCUGUAGUUUAUUCGAUUUUAUUCCUGCUCCAUCUCUCCUUGAGUUAUAUCACCCCGUCCUCACCAUAUUUCUUCGCCAUAAUCCGCGACUGUUACGGGUAUUGUUUUUUGGAAGUGAAAAAAAUGCGGCCUUCACAUGUGUUUCUUAUCUUACAUCUAGGGAGAAUAGGCAGUGCUUUUUUAGGGACGGGAAUAACUUUUGUUCUCCUUUGGACCUCAAUAUCUGUAGUACAACAAUUUGUGAAUGAGAGAAUGAAAUAUCUGAAACUUUUGUUGAUGAUGUAAUGGCGCCUCAAAAUUCAAUGAAAUAUCUGAAAGUUCAUC